AUGGCGACCGUGUCGAGCGCCCUGUCGGACUUGCCUUUGGAGCAGCUCGCUCUGUAUCAGGCGUCCGAUCCCUACUUAUCGUCCAUCUUCGUCUUCUACGGCCCCGUCGCGACCGCAAAUGCCACUGUCAGCAGCUCGCGCAUCCAGGCGCAUAUUUUGACCCCCGCCGGCUUUCAGAGCUAUCCUCGGAUCACCAUCUCCCCCGCGGCGCCGUUGUAUGCCGCUGUCAAUCAUUUACCGCGCGAGAAACAAGGCGAUGAGAUCUGUCGAGGUCUUGCGGUAAGCAUGUUGAAAUACUUUGCAGAGUUGUCCGACCCCGCCCGGGAAUGCUUGGAAACAAUCGCCCGCGCGGGGAAACCAGGUGGGAAGAUACCGAAGCUGUUUGACGAGAUGCACGCGGCGGACCUGGCAAACCGGAUGACAAAGGUGGACCAGACCUCGGACAUUGUACGCGACAUACGCGGCGCUUUCCAGGAACGCAAAGUACCGUGGGUGGAUAUCGAUCUGGUGUUCCCCACGGGGACGAUACAACCCCCUCACCGGCCCGAAAAUGAUUGCGAUGACGAUGCUCUGGACGCGGAGGAUAAUCCCGACCUUCAGUACGGCCAGUACUCCCCCCUCGUUAGGGCGUUAGGGCCGCCCAUGUUCCUACCGACCUCGCGGUUAAAACGAGCGCCGUCGCAGCCGACCAACUUGAGCAAAUCCAGGAUCUUCACGAGAAGCCAGAAGGAAUCCCUUCGCCUCACCAUGUGCGAACUGGUCGAUACCGAGGAGAGAUAUGUGAGUAAGCUCUAUAGUUUGGUGCGGGAGGUGGCCGAGGAAUUUCGCAUCAGAGCACAAGGUCGCGGACCCUCCAGUACCAGCCCGGACGAAGCCGCUCUGACCACCCUUUUCCCACCAUGCCUCAACGAGAUCCUGGACGUGAACCUUGGUUUUCUGGAAGUCAUCCGCCACGUUCUCGAAGAAACAGAGCGGGAAGCCAUCGCAGAUAUUGGGGAUGACACAGAGCUUCCGUCGUCCAUGGCCCAUCGCAUGUCAUCCAGGGAAGGGAGAGAUGCCAUGGGUGCUGUCGCAUUCGCAAAUGCGUUGCUGGAGUGGUUUCCGCGCUUCUCACAGCCCUAUGCGGACUACAUGCGUGCCCACACGGGCUUCACACAGACCCUCAACUCAUUCAUGAGGGACAGGAACUCGAGUUUCUCCAAAAGAGUCUAUGAGACUGGGGAACAACAGUUGCGAUCCUUACUAAUGGAACCCGUUCAACGCCUGCCUCGGUACAGCCUCUUGAUCGACACGAUGACCAGCAGUCUUCCCUUGAUCCAUCCCGCCGUGAAACCGCUCCUGAAAGCUCGAGAUGUGAUCAAGGAUAUAUGCUCGCUGGAUGAUCCGUCAUCCACGAAUCACGACCAGAGCUUUCGGCGUUUGAAAGAGCUGGUGGAUGGGUGGCCCGCAACCAUCCUACCAACCGGACGCCUAAUCACGGCAGUUGAUUUCAACGAGCUGUCCCCCCCAUACCACCUGGACAACCCUCCUCAGGGUCAGGGUUCGGGCAUCAUGCUGAUCUACAAGAACUGUCUUGUACUCCUAGCCAGGACGCCCGGAAGCAGAACGACUGCGCGCGGGUUGCUGGCAGACCUCGACAGCGCCGCAUCAGGUCCCAUGACCUCACCUGGUCUGCAGACCGCGCCAGAUAUUAGGGUUGCGCAAGUUUACGAUCUGCACACCGUACGUUCCAUGCAAUCCACUUGCGGACGCAUUCUCUUCCUCGCGCCUACAUCAGCCAAAACAAAGCCGAAUCAGAAUACCACCGUUGAUCUUUUUGCUCUGGAGCUGAAUGGGAUGUAUGAGGGACGGGCCAGUCGACUGAUCGAAGAGAUUGUCAAGGCAAAAAUCGAGGGCCGCUUUUCCGAGUCCGAAAGAGAGAACGGCAGAUGGACGCUCAGAAGUCCCACGGGCACGGUUGGGAACAUCGGGAUUUUAGCCUGCGUCCUGGAGGAGGAGCAGGACACCGUGUUGACUCGGACUAGCUUGUCGAAGAUCAGAGUUGUGUUUGAUACUCCCCGCACUAUUUGCAGCAAGGCAUUAAGCACCUCAGAUGUGGAGGCCAUUGUAUCAGUCUCCUCCUCGAGUGACGACCAAUAUCGAGUCGACAUGGACUCGGCGGUCGGUGUUAGUUCCUCAGAUAUCGUAACAGCGGAUAGCUUCGUUCCUGUGCUGUCCAAACGACUGCUCAACACGCUGAUGCCCCUACACGGACCCCGGAACCGGACCAUGACGGAAUCAAUAAUCCAUUCGAAUUUUGAGAUUCUGCGAUAUCUCGCCGGUCAUCUCAUCACGCAGAUCAAGGCAUCGCGCGGCUUUCGACCUCCUUCGCCCACCAAGCUCCUCUCGAGCCUGUUGGGCGGCAGCGCUGGCGGUGGACAGUCGAAAGACCCUAGUGCAUCAAGCCUCAAGGCGCCCAACUCCGCAACCUUACUUGGAGAAUUCCCAAAGAUGCCCCCUCCGCGGGCCAAUCUUCCUCGCUCUAAUACGAUGCCUUCGGCAUUCCCCGGGAAGGAAGAGACCCCGGUCAAAAUCUCCGUCGUCGGAACGAGCCCGUCUAAGGGCCCAGACAGUCCAUUCAGCCUGCUAGAACAGACUUUCGCGGCCUAUGUCCUAUCGCUGCAGUCUCGCAGUGGAAACAUUGUUGGUCGGACCCUGAGGACGAGGGACAACGUUGACCGGUCAUCAGUUAACGAGCUGUAUAAUGUCCUAUUAGAAGAUCCUGGGAAAAUCCAAGCCGCAGCAGAAGUGCCCGUUGACACCCUGUUUGUCGCUUUCGAGACAUUCAUGGCGAAUGCAUGGAAGGAGCAUAUGGGCCCCGUGAUAGACCCUGGCGUAUUGAAACAGAUUCAGAAUCAGUUCGAUACCAUGUUUCCUCGCGACUUCGAGGAGAAUUUCAGGAAGUUUCUCGUGGACAUCAGCCCUCAAAAUCGUCGUGCACUGGCGUCCUUGGUACGGUUAUUGGCAGAAUUGCUCGAUGCAUCGGGGAAUGACGGCGAUCGAGGUGCCUUGACUGCGGCAUUCGCCGAAAUUCUCACCACUGAAGGAGACCCCAUGCAGCAUAUCUCCCUCUUGGAUCGACUCGUGGAUGACUUUGAUAAUCUUUUUGACGAGUUCAUACCAUCCGGAGCGUCACUCGACGGCAUCCUAAGCAGUGACCAGACCAAACCAAGUGCCCGAGACGCAAGUUCCAUCAGUUCCAAUGCAUCCUCUUUCCGAAAACGAUUUGGCUUUAGCCUGCAUCGAGACGGCUCCAAGAUGGAGGGAGAAAGCAAGGUUUCGUCGAUCUUGCGAACUCUUAGCAAGGGCAAGGGCUCCGGCGAGUCGGAAUUCAACACUUCUCGCGGCUCACUGCUGCGUUCCAAGUCAAUAGACAUUGAUAGCAGUCUCGGCCUUCUCUUACGCCCCGGCUCUCGCGAUCGCGCCAGCGCAGCUUCAUCUCAGGAGCAUCUUCGACGACCCGACAGCUCGCAAGGACAGCCGCCGUCGCUCUCCUCACUUCGAGGGAUCCCAACCAACGGAGUAGUCAAGGCUCGAAGGAGAAGACGGAGCUCGUUGUCUGAUCUCCGUCCAGGGACAGCCUCCACAGAGACCUCUGCCGUUUCCCCGAACCAAAACCCGAGGCCUUCUACUCCCGUAUCAUCCGGCAAUCCCUCUGGUAGCGAACUAAUGACCCCAACCACCCAGCCCAGGCCGCAGACAAGUCACGGUUCCGGUUCAACUGCAAGAAGCACGUCCCCCGCAAAGAGUAGUUCCCCGACUCGGUUCCCCUCGCCCAGCCGACGAUCACCCACUCGACCAGCCACCCCUAGCCGCAAAGAAAACAUCGAUCCCACUUUGAGUCGAACGGAUCGGCCACAAAGAGAAAAGGGGGAUGCCUCAGUUUCGCCAACUCAAGAUCUAAAGAGAAGGUCUCGGGCAACCAGCAUUCCAUCAUCCCGAAGUGUUGGACUGAAGGAGCGGCCUGGCUUGGUCAAAGCGUCUGAUCCCAAACGGCCGCAAGCUCUGCACUCCGCGCAAAGAUCGCUCAAACUGCGAAUGCAGAGCCCACAGAAGCUUCGAGAUCGUCUCCAGAGUGAGAAGAGGACGCAAAUCUCUGCUCAACUGGGCCUUAAAGAGGAGUUGGCUCUGAUCGGCCAGGAGUUGGAAGCGUUGAAGGUCACCGCGCCUCAACAGACCAGGCUAAUAACACAAGACCCUGGGUCUUUGGAUCCGCCUUCAUUCUUAGCGGCAACAGACGCGGUGGUCCUCUCUCACCAUCUUCAGGAUCUGGAGUCAAAGUUUGAGGUGCUCUCGCAAGAGCUGAACGGCCGAACUGCUGCAAUCGAGAGAGAUCUGGAAUCGUCUCUGGUUGUCAGUGAGAAACGAGCAAAGAAGUUGGACGAGCUAUAUCGUGAAGCGAGCGCGGAGAAUGAGGCGUUGUACGAUCGAUUCAACCUGGAGCUGGGGAAGAUUGUAAGAGAUGUGCGAUCGGGUAGUGUGGAAGAAGCCUUGAAGGCCCAAUUAUCCGAGGCCAUGGAGGAGAUCGGAAGACUCAAGAAGGAGAACUUCAGAUUGAAGCGGGAGGCUAGCGGUUUGCGUGCGCAGCAAGCCGCCGUAGCCUUGUUGAAGGCCAGUGAAUAA